GCCGUCGCCGUAGUCAGAAUGUGCCGGCUCUAGCAGCAUCCGCUGCGUACAGCUCGGGAUGCAGUGCCCGGACCUCCUUCAGUUCUUGGUCCCGGUCAGAGGCUGACAGGAUCUCCUACUCAUUCAGAGCCCCAUGCCAUCGCUCCUCCCCCCUCCCCUGCUUCCCUUUCUCUGUCUUGGCUUGCCUCCGUCAGCUAGAGAAAGAGAGCAGAGAGGCAGGCGAAGGCGAGAGUUGCGAGUAUUGAUUUGAACUUGUCUAGGAAGACCGCUGCGGGCAGGGCCACUGUCCCGCCCCCGGCACAGAGGCUAUUCUGACUCCGCUCCCCCUACCCCGCAUGCCGGACUUGCUUGGCCGGAGCAACGCGGGACAAAUAUGCAUCACCUGGGCAUCAACCGGGCAAAGGCACUCCCCAGCGAGUCAGGUCGCCCCCUCCCUCCCACGCCUGCCUCCAGCCUACUCCCACCCGCCCCCCCCCCUGCCUCCUGCCCCCCUCCACCCACGGCCCCGGCUGUCCGGGAGUGUCAGGUGCCCCUGCUGAACAGCAGCUCCACGCACACCAUCCUGGAGAGCCAUGCGGAUGACGAGUUCACCCCCAACGCAUACCUGCUGCGGGCCUGUGCUCCCACGUCCCAGCCGGGCCCCACGGGUCCUACAAACCACCACAGCCAAUCCACCUUGCGGCCACCGCUGCCACCGCCCCACAACCACCAGACGCUUUCACACCACCAGUCCUCGGCCAACUCACUAAAUCGAAGCACCGGGGGCACCCGCCGCAACCCCGCCCACGCCCCCGCCAUUGCCCCCGGCGAUGGGCCCACCACGCCAGAGUCAGUGCAGCUUCAGGACAGCUGGGUCCUCAACAGCAACGUGCCCCUGGAGACCAGGCACUUCCUGUUUAAAACAUCAUCUGGGACCACACCUCUCUUCAGCAGCUCGUCCCCUGGCUACCCGCUGACCUCUGGGACAGUCUACUCGCCACCCCCCCGGCUGCUUCCCAGGAACACUUUCUCCCGGAGCGCCUUCAAGCUCAAGAAGCCGUCAAAGUACUGCAGCUGGAAAUGCGCAGCUGUGUCUGCGAUGUCUGCUGCAGCCCUGCUGGCAGUCCUGCUCUCCUACUUCAUUGCCAUGAACUUGCUUGGACUAAACUGGCAGCUCCAGCCAGCCAACGGUCACGUGAUCAACAAUGGGAUCAGCCCCGGCCUGCCGGGGAACAGUGACGGGGCAGCAAUGCCUUCUGGAGGCAGAGGCUCCUGGCCGAUCCAGAAUAUCAGCAUCGACACCGGCGACCUGGAGGUGGGCCAGCGCGUGACCCAGGAGGUGCCCCCCGGCAUCUUCUGGAGGUCUCUGCUGCAUCUUACACAACCACAGUUCCUCAAGUUCAACAUCUCUUUGGGGAGGGACGCACUCUUUGGGGUCUACAUCCGCAAGGGCCUCCCCCCCUCCCAUGCGCAGUACGACUACAUGGAGCGUCUGGAUGGCAAGCAGAAGUGGAGCGUGGUGGAGCCGCCGCGGGAACGGCGCAGUGUGCAGACGGUGCUGCUGAAUGAGGCUGUGUUCGUGCAGUACCUGGAGCCUGGCGGCUGGCACCUGGCCUUCUACAACGACGGCAGGGAGAGGGAAGCCGUCUCUUUCAGCACUGCUGUACUCGAUUCAGUGCAAGAGUGUCCUCGGAAUUGCCAUGGAAACGGUGAAUGCGUGUCCGGUGUGUGCCACUGCUUCCCCGGAUACCACGGCAUGGACUGUUCCAAAGCGGCCUGCCCGGUGCUAUGCAGUGGUAACGGCCAGUACGACAAAGGCGUCUGUGUCUGCUACAGUGGCUGGAAGGGCCCAGAGUGCGACGUCCCCAGCAGCCAGUGCCUGGAGCCUCACUGCGGCGGACAUGGCACCUGCACAGAGGGCACCUGCAUCUGCUCUCUGGGCUUCAAGGGCGAGAGCUGCACGGAGGUGGACUGCUUGGACCCCACCUGCUCUGGUAAUGGAAUCUGUGUCAACGGCGAGUGCCACUGCAAGCCAGGCUGGGGGGGCGCCCACUGCCAGCUGGCCCGCACGCUCUGCCCUGACCAGUGCCACGGCCAUGGCGCGAUCCUCCCCGACACCGGCGUCUGCAGCUGUGACCCCAGCUGGAUGGGGCCGGACUGCUCUGUGGAGGUAUGCUCGGUGGACUGCGGCACCCACGGUGUGUGCAUGGGCGGAGCCUGCCGCUGCGAGGAGGGCUGGACGGGGGCGGCCUGUGACCAGCGCGUCUGCAAUCCGCAGUGCGUGAAGCAUGGCACCUGCAAGGAUGGCAAGUGCGAGUGCCAGCGGGGCUGGAACGGGGAGCACUGUACCAUCGACUUUUUGGAUGAACCUGACAAAGAUGGAUGCCCAAAUCUUUGCAACGGAAAUGGCCAGUGCACCCUGGGCCAGAACAGCUGGCACUGUGAGUGUCAGACGGGCUGGAGGGGCUCUGGCUGCAGUGUUGCCAUGGAGACCUCAUGCGCAGACAACAAGGACAACGAAGGAGAUGGGUUGACAGACUGCAUGGACCCAGACUGCUGCAUCCAGAGUCCCUGCCAAAACAAUCCACUGUGCCGUGGCUCACGUGACCCGCUGCAGAUCAUCCAGCAGACCCAGACGUCGGCCCAGAAAGUGAAAUCGUUCUAUGAAAGGGUGAAGAUGCUCGUGGGGAGGGACAGAACCCACAUCAUUCCUGCAGAUAAUCCCUUUAAUGCCAGCUUGGCCUCGCUGAUCCGAGGUCAGGUCCUGACUACAGAUGGGACCCCUCUGGUGGGGGUUAAUGUGUCUUUUGUCAAGUAUCCCCACUAUGGCUACACUCUAACGCGGCAAGACGGAACGUUUGACCUGAUAACCAAUGGCGGUGCCUCGCUAACACUGCACUUCGAGCGUGCACCCUUCCUGACCCAGGAGCGCACCAUCUGGCUGCCCUGGAACAGCUUCUACGCCAUGGACACGCUGGUGCUGAAGACGGAGGAGAACACCAUCCCCAGCUGCGACCUCAGCGGCUUUGUGCGGCCUGAUCCUGUGGUGGUGGCCUCACCUCUCUCCUCCUUCUUCAGCUCCCGCCCUGGGGAGAAGCCAAUCAUCCCUGAGACACAGGUGCUUCAUGAGCAGAUUGAGAUCCCAGGAACCAGCUUGAAGCUGAGCUACCUGAGCUCACGCACUCCAGGGUACAGGUCCCUGCUGAAAAUCACCAUGACCCAGGCCACAGUGCCCCUCAGCCUCAUCAAAGUUCACCUCAUGGUUGCUGUGGAGGGUCACCUCUUCCAGAAGUGGUUCCACUCCUCCCCUAACCUGGCCUACACGUUCAUCUGGGAUAAGACGGACGCCUACGGCCAGAAGGUCUACGGCUUGUCUGAAGCAGUCGUGUCUGUGGGCUACGAGUAUGAGACCUGCCCCUCUCUGAUCCUGUGGGAGAAGCGAAUGGCUGUGCUGCAAGGCUUCGAGCUGGAGCCUUCCGGCCUGGGCAGCUGGUCUCUCGACAAGCACCAUGCCCUCAAUGUCCGCAGCGGAAUCCUUCAUAAAGGCAGCGGGGAGAACCUCUUCAUGUCCCAGCAGCCCCCAAUCAUCACAAGCAUCAUGGGAAACGGCCGGAGGCGAAGCAUCUCCUGUCCCAGCUGCAACGGCCUGGCCGAUGGAAACAAGCUUCUCGCCCCCGUAGCCCUGGCAUCAGGCAUCGACGGCAGCCUUUACAUAGGCGACCUCAAUUUCAUACGUCGGAUGUAUCCCUCCAUGAACACCACCGGAAUCCUGGAGCUCAGAAACAAAGACUUUCGGCACAGCAACAACCCCACGCACAAGUACUUUCUGGCGGUGGACCCAGUGACUGGUGCCCUGUACAUUUCUGACACAAACUCACGGCGGAUCUACCGCGCACGCUCACUAAGCGGUGGCCGGCUGCUGUCGGACAACGCUGAGGUAGUGGCGGGGACCGGGGAGCAGUGCCUACCCUUCGAUGAGCGCUGUGGUGAUGGGGGCAAGGCUGUGGAAGCUACCCUCAUGAGCCCAAAGGGGAUCGCUGUAGAUAAGAACGGCAUGAUGUUCUUUGUAGACGCCACCAUGAUCCGCAAGGUGGACCAGAAUGGCAUCAUCUCCACGCUGCUAGGUGCCAACGACCUUACCGCUGUGCGACCACUCAGCUGCGACACCAGCAUGGAUGUCAGCCAGGUUCGUCUUGAGUGGCCUACCGACCUGGCAGUGAACCCCAUGGACAACUCACUGUACGUGUUGGAGAAUAACAUCAUCCUCCGCAUCACAGAGAACCACCAAGUGAGCAUCAUUGCCGGUAGACCCAUGCACUGCCAGGUGCCUGGCAUCGACUACUCCCUCAGCAAGCUGGCCAUUCACUCAGCACUGGAGAGUGCCACAGCCAUUGGCAUCUCACACACAGGCGUGCUUUACAUUGCUGAGACGGAUGAGAAGAAGAUCAACCGCAUCCGGCAGGUCAGCACCAAUGGCGAGAUCUCUUUGCUCGCUGGGGCAGCCUCGGAGUGUGACUGUAAGAACGACGUCAACUGCAACUGCUUCGCAGGAGACGAUGGCUAUGCCACUGACGCUAGCCUCAACACGCCCACGUCGCUGGCCGUGUCGCCCGACGGCACGCUCUUCAUCGCCGACCUCAACAACAUCCGCAUCCGGGCCGUUCGUGGUAACCGGCCAGGCCCCACACCGAUUGGGCAGUAUGAGGUGGCCUCACCGCAGGAGCAGGAGUUGUACAUCUUCAGUGAGGAGGGGCAACACCAACAGACCAUCAGUUUAGUCACUGGGGAGCCACUCUACAACUUCUCCUAUGGGUCCGAUGGAGAACUGGCCACCGUCGUCGACAACUGCAACAACACUCUACGUAUUCGACGGGAGGGGGCGGGGCAGGGGGGCAGUGGACUCCUGAGGCUCGUCCUGCUGCCAGACAACCAGGUGGUGACACUGGGCCUGGACCCGUCUGGUAGCCUUCGCUCCAUUUCUGCUUUCAACCAGGAGGUGGCGAUGUUGGGUUAUGACGGGAACACCGGUCUCUUGACCACCAAAGCUGAUGAGACAGGCUGGACUACUUUCUAUGAAUACGACAGCGAGGGCCGCUUGACCAACGUCACCUACCCAACGGGCACGGUCACCAGCCUGCACCGAGAGAUUGAGCGCUCCAUCAACAUCGACAUUGAAAGUUCUAACCGAGAUGAUGAUGUCACUGUCAUCACAAACCUGUCAUCUGUGGAAGCGUCCUACACCGUAGUCCAAGAUCAAGUGAGGAACAGCUACCAGCUGUGUAACAAUGGCACCCUGCGGGUGAUGUACGCUAACGGAAUGGGUAUUAGCUUCCAUACUGAACCACACAUAUUAGCUGGAUCCGUCAGCCCCACAGUCGGUCGCCGCAACAUCACCCUGCCUACAGAUAAUGGGCUUAAUUCCAUCGAAUGGCGAUUGCGCAAAGAGCAGACUAAGGGCAAGGUCACUGUCUUCGGCAGGAAGCUGAGGGCACAUGGCAGGAACCUUCUAUCAAUUGACUUUGACCGAAACACCCGGACAGAAAAGAUAUACGAUGACCAUCGCAAGUUUACAUUGCGCAUCAUGUAUGACACCCAAGGACGUCCGGCUAUGUGGCUGCCCAGCAGCAGCUUGGCUGUGGUAAACGUGUCUUAUUCCAGUACCGGGCAGCUCGUCGGUCUGCAACGGGGCAGCAUGAGCGAGAGGACAGAAUUUGACCCCUACGGACGCAUCCUGUCGCGUUCUUUUGUCGACGGCAAGGUUUGGAGCUACAGCUACCUGGACAAGUCCAUGGUUCUACUGUUGCAGAGUCAGAGACAAUACGUCUUUGAGUUUGACGCCUCUGGGCGUGUUACGGCUGUCACCAUGCCCAGUGUUGCGCGUCACACCAUGUCCACCCACGUGUCCAUCGGAUACAUCCGCAAUACGUACAGCCCACCUGAGAGCAAUGCUUCGGUCAUCCACGACUUCAGCGAGGACGGCCACCCCCAGGCCACAUUCUUCCUGGGCACCGGUAGGCGGGUCCUCUACAAGUAUGGCAAGUUAGCUAAACUGUCAGAGGUCCUGUACGAUAGCACGGCUGUUACAUUUGGCUAUGACGAGACCACUGGCGUCCUGAAAAUGGUCAACCUGCAGAGUGGCGGCUUCUCAUGCACCAUACGCUACCGCAAGAUGGGCCCACUUGUAGACAAGCAGAUCUACCGCUUCUCCGAGGAAGGCAUGGUCAACGCCCGCUUUGACUACACCUACCAUGACAACAGUUUCCGUAUUGCGAGCAUGAAGCCCGUCAUCAGCGAGACUCCACUGCCCGUUGAUCUCUAUCGCUAUGAUGAGAUAUCCGGCAAAGUCGAGCACUUUGGAAAGUUCGGCGUCAUAUACUAUGACAUCAACCAGAUCAUCACCACAGCCGUGAUGACCCUCAGCAAGCACUUUGACACCCACGGGCGCAUCAAGGAGGUGCAGUACGAGAUCUUCCGCUCCCUCAUGUACUGGAUGACAGUGCAGUAUGACAGCAUGGGACGCGUCAUCAAGCGAGAGCUGAAAAUUGGGCCAUACGCCAACACCACACAGUACCGCUACGAGUAUGAUGGCGACGGGCAGCUAAGUGGCGUCAAGGUGAAUGACUGGUCCGCCUGGCGCUACAGUUAUGACUUGAAUGGCAACCUGCACCUGCUCAAUCCAGGUAACAGUGCUCGCCUACUGCCAUUGCGGUACGACCUCCGCGAUCGAAUAACCCGGCUGGGCGAUGUGCAGUACCGGCUUGACGAGGAUGGGAUCCUGAGCCAGCGUGGCUCCGAUGUCUUUGACUACAACUCCAAAGGUCUGCUGUUGCGGGCCUAUAGUCGGACGCCUGGAGGCUGGAGUGUGCAGUACCAUUAUGAUGGAUUGGGCCGACGGGUCUCCAGCAAGACGAGCCUGGGCCAACACCUGCAGUUCUUUUAUGCUGACCUGAACAACCCAGCCCGUGUCACCCAUGUGUUCAACCACUCCAGCUCGGAGAUCACCUCGCUAUACUAUGACCUGCAGGGCCAUCUGUUCGCCAUGGAGGUGAGCAGCGGGGAAGAGUACUACAUUGCCUCGGACAACACUGGCACACCCCUCGCUGUCUUCAGCAGCAACGGACAGAUGAUUAAGCAACUGCAGUACACAGCAUACGGCGAGAUUUACCACGAUUCCAACCCUGAGUUUCAGUUGGUGGUUGGCUUUCACGGGGGUCUGUAUGACCCUCUCACCAAGCUAGUGCACUUCACCCAGCGUGACUAUGACGUCCUUGCGGGCAGGUGGACCACCCCUGACUACUCACUUUGGCAGAAGAUUGGCAAGGACCCAGCCCCCUUCAGCUUGUACAUGUUCAAGAACAACAAUCCCCUCAGUGAUAUGCUGGACAUCAAAAAUUAUGUCACAGAUGUUAAGAGCUGGUUGGUGAUGUUUGGCUUCCAGCUCAGCAACAUCAUCCCAGGCUUCCCCAAGCAGACUGUGUAUUUUGUGGAGCCACCCUACGAACUCCUUGCCACCCAGGACUGUGAGAAUGGGCAGCUGAUUACAGGCGUGCAGCAGGCUGCAGAGCGACACAACCAGGCCUUCAUGGCCCUGGAGGGGCGGUUGCUCAACAAAGGCCGUCGGACCAGGCAGGACAAGCCCGGGUACUGGUUUGGGUCCAACACCCCCAUCAUCGGGAGGGGCGUGAUGUUAUCCAUGAAGGAAGGCCGCGUGGUGACCGCCGUCUCGGCUAUGGCCAGCGAGGACAGCCGCAAGGUGGCCCUGGUGCUGAACAAUGCCAUGUACCUGGAGGGGACGCAUUACACGCAGGAUGGGCAUGACUGCCACUUCUUCGUCAAGGUGGGCUCCGUAGAUGGGGACCUGCAGGUGCUGGGGCUGACUAACGGGCGCAAGAUGCUGGAGAGUGGGGUGAACGUGACGGUCAGCGGGCGAUCGCGGCGCGGGGCCACCGUGGAGUUCCGCGCCGCCUCGCUCUUGCUGAGCGUGCGCUACGGCCUGGGCGCCGACGUGCUGGAUGAGGAGCGAACCCGGCUGCUGGAACUCGCUCGCCAGAGGGCGCUUUGGGGUGCCUGGGCACGGGAGCAGCAGCGCGUGCGGGAUGGCAAAGAGGGCAGCCGGCUGUGGACUGACGGGGAGCGGCAGCAGCUUCUCAGCACGGGGAAGGUGCAGGGCUACGACGGGUACUAUGUGCUGGCCGUCGAGCAGUACCCCGAGCUGGCAGACAGCAGCACCAACAUCCAGUUCCUGAGACAGAAUGAAAUGGGCAGGAGGUAACAGACCACAGCAUCCCAAAGACUCUCCUCUGCCCUUCUCGGCUGCCCCUUCUUUCUCCAGCUUUCCUCUCCUACGGAGAAUAAAAGAACAAAUGGGAAGACACUGCAGGGACAUUUCAAAUAAGAAAAACAAUUAUAUUUAAAUGGUAACUGCCACAGGCAAAAAAAAAACAAAAAAAUCAGGACCCGGAAACCAAGAUAAACAAAGUUGUUCUUGCUUCAAAAAAGCGCCCCCUUUUUAAAAAAGAAUAUUUUCACCCAUAUUUUUUGGGUUGUGUAGUUAAGAGGACAUGAAAGACAGGUGGUGAGACCCAGCACCGAUCACAGAACCUACUGGGACAGGGAGCAGGCUGUCAUGACCUCCGGGUUAGAACAAACAGUCACGCUGUCUCAGGCAUCAUGUCCAACAGAAUCGAGCCGUGGUUCAGGAGGCUCGGUGAACAUUUACCAACUUUGAACUCCUUUAGAGAAAAAAAAAAUUCAAAUCACAAAAUAUGUUUUUAAAAACUAAAUGGAAAAAAAAACCCACCAUGGCUAUAUUUGCAGCAAAUAACGUCUUACAUUGUUUUAUUUAAGAGCGGAAAAAAGCACUACAUUGUGUCAGCAACACAGAUGUUCAGGGUGUAGCUUAGAUGCGGUAGUUUCGUACGUUCCCGUUGCAGUAGAAUCGUAAGACUUUCACCAGGGCACUCUGUAUAGGAUGGUCAGUAAAAAAACACUCUCACAGAAUAAAGAAAAUUAGUAUCUAAAUUAUUUUUUAAUUUGUUCUUUUUUAAUUUAUUCCUUUUUUCUUAGAACUAUAUGACAAUCAUGAAAGUGUCACUAGUUUUAUUGAACACAAAUGAGCAUUGAUGAGUUAAGUUAUUUUACUUUUGUAAAAUAUGUAAUAAUUGUUCAUUACGUUUUUUAUAUUCAUUUUAAUUUGCUUCUGAGCAAAUUAUAGUCACGGACAAAAAAUUAUGUAAAGUGUUUUAAAAUGGUUUAUACUUUAAAUAAAGUCUUUAAAACUGUGAAACCUGUUUUUCAAAAUAUAUCUGUAUGUACAGUGUAUAGAUCGACCUUUAUGCAGCACAGUAGAAUAUUGUUGAAAUAUCAAGUUUUAUAUUUCUAACAGGAAGUGGCUUGUUAUGUGCAGACAUAUAGCUGGCAUUAUUACUCUAGAAUUUUGUGACUCGGACAUCUCAGUUCUCAAUUACCCACACUUCAUUGUUUUUACUGCUUGUUUAACAUUUGUCUUGGUUUUAGUUUUACCCAGAGUUGCUGUUGUAGGACCCUACCGCACAGAAAGGGGUUCCUGACUUGAAAUGAGCCUCUAUAUGGAUGUCAUGACCUACCAGAUGAGAAGUUGUUCUUACACUUACUUGGCUGGUUCCUCUGAAACCUUAUAAAUAAACAAAAAUUAAUAAAUGUUUGUUUACUUAA